CCAUCUCUCAGGCUGCAGACUCCGGGCUGCAUUCACUCACUGGGUCUGCAGGCACGAGCCACCUCUGAAUUCAAAGCGCAUUUGACUCGUCUCCGCGCAGCCCCGGACGUCGCUCUGCAGGAUUUAGCAAAUAUAACCUACGGAAAUCCAGCAGCCACCGUGCAUCAAAUAUACAGCUGUAGCCUAUAUUCCCUGAAACCAGCCAGCGGCAAACACUUUGUAGCCAGAGAGCGACUGACCGGCUUGCUUUUCGUCAAACAUGGGGCGCCGAGAGAGAAACCCACUGGAGGAAGAGAGGAGAUAGAUUAAUUGAUAGAGAGGAUAGAAAGGGAAGGGGGAGAGGGAAAAAAAAGCGUCGAUUGGCCGCGGAACCCGGAGCAGCACCACAACAAUAUCUGACCUCGACCUCCUCGGACGGUGGGAAACUGAUUGUUGAAAUGAAGAUGUCGAGAUUUUCCAUUAUCCCGUCUCCUCCUCCAACACACAUGCAUCUGAGGCUGAUGAUGAUAUUUGCGUAGGAGUGUGUUAUUUUGCGGGCAGCGUUGGUAAAGCAGUCUCUACUGUUCAAACAACUCCAGACAAGCGGUGGAUGGAACUGGGUUUGAGUGUGUGUCUGACACAUCUUUCCAGAGAUAGCAUUAUUAUUAUUAUUAUUAUUAUUAUUAUUAUUAUUAUUGGAGCUUUUUUGCGUCUUUGGAGUAUUUUCAGGUGUCUUUCUGCAAGUCUGGAAUUGGACAGAAAAUGUUUUUUCAUGCUAAUGACAAGAAUGUGUGAAAGUAGUCAGCAAAGAAUAGAAGAAUCUUUUGCAAAGGACGCAUAUGCUAUUUUGUCUUCUUUUUUUUAAAUUAACAACUAAAGAGGAUCAGGCCCAGCAGGGUUUAUUUGGACUCAAGUCGAGCUCCAUCUCUACUUCGAUAGCUGGCACUUCACUGUUUUGCUGAUUACUUAGCCGAGAUUGGGCGCUUUUUUUCUUUUUUGCUAUUGGUCUCUUUAUUCAGCGACUGAGGUCGACACAAACUACAACCAGCAGAGGUCGAUACCUGAGCUCCAAGGAGCCACCACUACCUUAGAUGUGACCCUGAGAAUUUCUCUUAUCUCUGAAGCCAAAGGAGCUGAGCAGACAAGGUGUUGAUGGAGAGCCAUUCGAAUGACAGCCGGGACAGUGGUCAUCACUGGUGGAAUUCUAGCUACAGUUAUAUUACUCCUUAUCAUCGCAGUACUGUGCUACUGUAGGCUGCAGUAUUAUUGCUGCAAGAAGGAAGAGUCCGAGUCGGAGGAGGAGGAGCCAGAUUUUGCGGUUACGUCCCGCCUUCCACCUGUCCACUCCAAUCACAACAUUGUGGCGGCGACAGCUGCCGCCUCCUCCAUCCCAAAUGGCCCCGCCCUUUUCCCCACCCCUCCACUGGCCAGGAAACUAACGCGCUCACAGACCUUCUGUCCAUCCUGUACACACUAUGAGCUGCCUUUCUACCUCCAGCCCCCCCCUCAGCCGCAAAUCCAUCAUCAACCAGAUGGGUUGAGGAACGGAGGUGACCGGAUCAUCUACCGAAGCGUCCAACAGCAGGAUCUGGACCUGCCAGUGCCUGUUAACAUUACAAACUACCGUAAACCAAACCUUGCCCGAUCAGUCACCAUGAGGGACAUGUUCACACGCAGCUGUAGCAUCAGCACUGAUGUUUAGCUGGGCGCGGUUGGAACUCUGUGUAAGUUUGUGCUUAAAUGAAUUGGGAUGGCCUAGGCCGGACUGGGCUUGAGUCAGACUGUGUUUUUGUCAUCUUGACCAGUUUAGUCAAGUCUAGUAUGGUAUGAUCUAGUCUAGUCUUGUUCUACUAAUCACCUCUUGCAGAAUGGAGGACUCAGAUGGCUCUCAGGACAGGAUUUUUAAAGGUACUAUGCUCAGGUCCAGGACUUUACACUUGGGCCAACAUAGAGUUUAAAGUAUUUAAAAAAAAUAAAAUAAAGUUAAAUUAUCAAUAACAUGAACUUCUUUUCGUUUUGUUUUGAAUAGCUCUUUUUUAACAAUAACAAUGGAAUUUGUUUCACAAUUUGAUAGAAUUUGUUUGGCCCUACUUCCUCUGGACUCUUCUACCAGUGGCCUGAAAAAUACACAGAUUCCCACCAUGUCAAAAUGACAUAACCGGCAGGGAUUUUCUCUCUGCCAUAGCUGCUACUGUACAAACAAAAUAUGAUUAGGAGAAGUCCAGUGAUUCCCUCUCCUAUGAUGGGAUGAUCUGUCUGUUCCUCCAUCCACAGAUUAUAGAGAUUAUAAAAUAUCACUCACCACCAGUGGAGGGAGGGGGAUGUCAUGUUUUAGCUGCCACCCACUGGCAGUUUAGAUAGACUUAACUUAGGCCAUAAUAUUUGGCAUAAAAGACAUAAAGGGCUCACAGAAGAUGAAAAUCCCUGCUUGUUUUCCACAUCCUUUCAUAGAGGUCUCCAGUUUGAUGGGAGGCUGGUUUCUCUGAGCAUCUGCUGACAACACAAAGUGUACAGUAUAUACUACACUUCAGCAGAGGCAGACCUCUGAGUUCUUGCAAGCAGGGUGGAUUAGGUGCCAAAGGGAGAUGGGAUCUUGCAUUUGUCUGCAUUUGUGAGACUGUGCUUGCAUGCAUGUGUGCGUGUGUGUAUAACUCGAUCAGUUGUUGCACCAGGAUUCUAAUUCCAUGCAGUCUGUCACCCCUAUGUAUACCAAACCUAGAGGUGGGUUGCAAUAACAUUUUAAACUUGUAAAGGGUGAAGGGAUUGUAUUAGUUUGCCACUUUACCAUUAAAUUCAUGCUAAUGCGAGAAUGACCCAACCAGAUGACGUGACAAAAUCUAUUUUGUAAAUGUUUCUUUUACUGAUCAAUACUAUAACACACUCAAGUUGUAGGUGGCAGUCAGAGGAGUAAAACGUUUUUACAGCAACACUUAACUUUAGAGUGUGAUGUUCAUUUUAGUUAUUCACUGAAGUUUAAUUUUGUGGACUCCUCAGUGCAUUCCUUUUGUCAUCUCUGAUUUGUUUUAUGGAAUUAUGGGCUAAAGAUGAAUUCACCUUUAAAGGCACAUCUAUAAAUAUUUAACAGGCCAUAGCGUACACUCCAGUGUCUCUCUUCUCUCGACUGGAUGGACUGAGGAAUAUUUGCUCUUCCUCUGAGGUACUCAGAGAGUUCCUUCCUGGGAUUGUUUUUAUUUUCUGCGCUUGGCUGGCCGGCCUGGCUGGAGGGCUGAUUUUCUGAGCGGAGGAACAGUGGCUGAGUUUUAUGGACACAGGACACACGUUAAAUGAAUGAAAUGAUUUACUGCUUGAUUUCAAGAAGAACUGCUUGUGGUUGUCUGAGGGGCUUGAAGCUGAUUGGAUUGUCCUUCUUGGACCUCCCCCCCUCUUAAAAUGGAUGGUAAAUGCUGUUGUACCCGUCUCUCUCUCUCUCUUUCUCUCUCUCUCUCUCUCUCUCUGUCUCUCUCUCUCGCUUUCUGUCUCUGUUGAUUUUAUCAGCAGUCAUGCUCAUUUAUAUUCCCAAAGGGUGAAACAGUGAGUGAUUUUGUUUUGAGUUUUUCCUCUUGUGACGUGCUUUCCUGCAAAUACACUACUACGACACACACACACACACACACACACACACACACACACACACACACACACACACACACACACACACACACACACACACACAGUUCUCAAUGCUAUGCUUUCCUUACUUUUUAAACAGAUGUGACAGUUGCAUAGGAAACUUUGUGCCAUAUAGAAUUAUGAGAGCAAUUUAUUAUUAUUAUUAUUAUUAUUAUUAUUAUUAUAUUAUUAUUAUUACAAGUGUAUAUUCAAAUGCAAUGUUGCUUUUCCCUACAGUAUUUGAAUUACUUGCUUUAUUUUAUGAUCCAGCUGGGUUUUUUAGACACAGUACAGUACAGCAGAAAUGUUUCUGUCCUUGUUUCUAAUAUAUAACUAACAGACACAUUGUUGCUAAUAAAAUUGUGUGAAAAUCCUUCA